CAAAUGUCAAGGUUGGAAACUCUAAACAAACCCGAAAAGUCACCUCGGGGAAGCAGAACGCGAUGGAUUUAACCCCAAGGCCAGGCCUUUACAAGGGGCAACUCGAUUCCACGAAGAGCAAUAGCCCAAAAACAUUACGGUCGAGGCCAGUUUUGGCUGCGGAUUCUUGUUCCAUGACCAAGUCAGGUAGGAGCCAACAGAACAGUGUCAGCCCAAGAACACAGCCAAAGAAGCUCGGGUUCGAGAAGCAGUCUCGACCCACAACUCCAAAAUCAGAGUCACGCAAAAAGCAAAUCGGAAGGCAACAGACAGAGGUAGCCUCCCCGAGAAGAAAACAGGGAUUAAAGCCUCGCAGUACUCUUCAGCAACCUGAUGACCAUUUAAGUGAUGCAAGCAGUGACUUGAGGAGUCUAAGAUCUGACAGCAACAUAAGCUUGGGGUCGAAUGCUGACAUCGAGGUUACAAGCAGACAUAGGUUGGAGAGAAACUGUGACUUGCCAGAGCAGCACACCCCAAGACAAAGGAGUUCGGACUUUGGAAUCAAACAAGACAGACCGUCCCUAAAACCUCUAAAAGUUACAAUUGAACAACCGAGCCCUGUCUCAGUUCUUGAUGCAGCCUUCGACGAAGAGGAUUCACCGUCCCCUGUGAGGAAGAUAUCCCUUAGUUUUAAAGAGGAGGAUGCUUCACGUUCUGAAGAAUCUGAGUGGAUAAACAAGCCUACCAGCUUCUGCAGAUCCAUACUUUUUCAGGGCACAACACAGCCAGGUUCUGAUCUUCUCGAAUGCUUCCCUGAAGACGGUACAGACUUCAAAAGCGGCGACAACGAGUACAUCUUGGAGAUAUUGUUGGCGUCAGGGCUUCUAAGAGAUCUCGAAUACAGCAUGAUAAGCUUUCAGCUGCACCAAGCGCGCCUCCCGAUCAAUCCUGGUCUGUUCUUCAUCCUGGAACAGAAUAAGGCCAGCAAUGUGACUCUACCGGACAGCAAAUAUAGAGGCAGAGGAUUCAGACACGAGCAGACAAACGCGACAGAGAAAAUCAGGAGAAAACUGGUCUUUGAUACCGUGAACGAGAUUCUAGCUCAGAGAUUCACUGCAGAAGGCUGUACCAAACCACGUUUAACAUCAAAUCCACUCAAAAAGAUGGAGAAAAUAUCAAAAGAAGAAAAACUUCUGCAGACUCUGUGUUCAGAGAUUGAUAGGUUACAACAAAACAACUCCAAGUGUCUCUUGGAGGACGAUGAGGAAGACAUCAUAUGGGAGGACCUGCAAAUUCAAGGCAUGAACUUGAAAGAGUUUGAAGGAGAGACUCCAGGGAUUGUGUUAGAUAUUGAGAGAAUGAUUUUCAGAGACUUAGUUAAUGAAGUUUGCUUUUGCUAAUUUGGUUAUCACUUAGAAUUGUAAAUGAAGGGAUCUUAGAGAGGAAAGAACCUUUGGUCCGUUCUCUUCCUACUUGUUUGUUGUAACCAGCAUAUAUAUAUAUAUACAGGUCUAAUUAAUGUAUAACAGUAUUUUUUAAGUUCAA